CCUCCUCCCCCCUCCUCCCUAACCUCCACUUCAUCAACCGCCGCUCCCUCCUCCUCCUCUCCACCACCACCACCACCACUCUCUCCCUCUCCUCCCCCCUCUCCGCCGCCCCACCACCACCGCCAGACACCACCAUCACCGACCGCAUCUUCAUGGACUUCAGCGUCUGCCCCACCUACUUCCAAAACCGAACCCUAGGCGACGAACUCUCCCAAUGCGCCGACUCCGAACCGCUAGGCCGACUCGUCCUCGGCCUCUACGGCAAUCUCGUCCCCCUCACUGUCUCCAAUUUCAAGUCCAUGUGCACCGGUUCCUCUGCUUCCUCCUACAGGGGCACUUUGGUCCAUAAAUUAUUCCCCGGCCAGUUCUUCGUCGCCGGCCGCCAAGGUCGCCGUGAUAAGGGGGAGGUCAAGCCGCCGACUGACUUGGUUCGAAACACUGAGUCCGUUGAUCCUAGGGCUUUUUUGCUAGGUCAUUCGAGAGCUGGUGUUGUUUCUCUGUGUUUAUCCGAGAAUGAUGAUGAUGAUGAGAUUAAGCUCGAUCCGAAUUAUCGGAAUGUCGAGUUUUUGAUUACUACUGGGCCUGGUCCUUGUCCUCAGCUUGAUAACAAGAACAUUGUUUUUGGAACAGUGCUUGAAGGGUUGGAUGUUGUGACAACAAUAGCUUCAAUCCCCACGUACAGACCCGGGGAAAGGAUCCGCCAAUACAAUGAUUUGGCACAGUUUCUUGGAGAUGAAAGAGCCAAAACUGCCCGUGCAAUCUGGAACAAGCCUCUCAAGACUGUUUAUAUUAGUGACUGUGGAGAGCUCAAGGUGGCAAAACCUACUCUUUCUCCUAGUCUACCUUAAUUUAGUACUGUGAUUCAUUUGUUCUGUAUUUUAUAUCACAUGUUAUUGUUUUCAUAGGAAACAAAAUUUUUGCCAUAAGUUUGAAGUAAGAAAGAAAAGGAGGACUCAUCACUCAA